UCUUGGUUCUUGUUUAAGAGGAGGCAUUUCUGGUGUAAAAAGGAGAUGAGAAUUCUGGGUGUGAAGUAUGGUUUAUGGAUUUCAAUGAUUUUGGGGUUUAUGGUGUUAGGGAAAGUGUAUGGAAUAGGAGCAAACUGGGGAACACAAGCAACACAUCCAUUGCCACCAAACAUAGUAGUGAAGUUACUGAAAGACAAUGGGAUUCAGAAAGUGAAGCUGUUUGAUGCAGAUUCAGAAAUCUUGAAUGCCCUCAGUGGCUCUGGAAUUGAAGUCAUGGUUGGAAUACCAAAUGAAAUGCUUUGGAGUUUAGCUAACAGUUUGGGUGCUGCUGAGAAAUGGGUAGAGAAGAAUGUCUCUUCACAUGUCUCUUCCAACAGUGUUGAUAUCAAAUAUGUUGCAGUUGGAAAUGAACCAUUUCUAUCUCAGUUAAACGGUACGUUUCUGUCAACAACAUUCCCGGCUCUUCAAAACAUCCAGGCAGCCCUUAUAAAAGCCGGUCUUGGUAAUCGGGUGAAAGUCACUAUUCCUCUCAAUGCUGAUGUAUACCAGAGUUCAAGUGAAAAACCUUCAACAGGUGACUUUCGCCAAGACAUUCGUGAUCUCAUGGUGAGCAUUGUCAAGUUCUUGAGUGACAACGGAGGCGCAUUUACUGUCAAUAUCUAUCCCUUUAUAAGUCUCUACAAUGACCCCAACUUUCCUGCUGACUAUGCUUUCUUUGACGGAUACUCAAGCCCCAUCGAUGACAACGGGAAAAUCUACAACAAUGUGUUUGAUGCAAAUCACGAUACCCUCCUUUCGGCAUUGCAGAAAAAUGGAUUCCCGAAUAUGUCGAUUAUAAUAGGGGAAAUCGGAUGGCCAACAGACGGAGACGAUAAUGCAAACUUGAAAGCUGCCCAAAGAUUCAACCGAGGAUUCAUGACUCACAUUUCAGGUGGAAAGGGGACUCCAAUGAGACCUGGUCCAAUAGAUGCUUACCUGUUCAGUCUGAUUGACGAGGAUGCGAAAAGCAUUCAGCCCGGCAACUUUGAGCGCCAUUGGGGAAUAUAUUACUUCGAUGGUACACCUAAAUACAAUCUUUCGUUAGGUGCAAACAAUGGAGGUGGUUUAGUACCAGCAAGUGGUGUUCGUUACCUGGCUCGUCAGUGGUGCGUGUUGUCACCCUCAGCUAGCCUUGAUGAUCCUCAGCUAGCUGAUAGUGUAGGCUAUGCAUGUUCACAUGCUGAUUGCACCAGCCUCGGGCACAGGACAUCAUGCGCUGAUCUAGAUGCUCGUGGCAAUGUUUCGUAUGCAUUCAACAGUUACUAUCAGGAAAACGACCAGCAAUCGAGUGCCUGCAAGUUUCCGAACCUUUCCAUGAUCACAAACACAGAUCCGUCACCACCAGGUGGAACAUGUAAAUUCAAAAUCAUGAUCCAAGCAAGUAGUCCUAGCAGCCAUAAGAACAAUGCAUUUACAACUAAGCCUGUCAAUGUGAUGUUUCUGUUUAUAGUUUCUUUGUUGUUGAGUGUUUUGUAGAACUUGUUGAGUUAUAUUUAUGUAUU